GCUUAUCAUUUAUGUCCACGCUACUUUCCCUUUUCAUUUUUAAACUUUUUUGUUUUCAAUUUUGUUUCUUUAAUUUCACUUUUAGAUGUUCGGCUACCUCCUCCUCCAUCCUCUCCUCUUUGUCUAUCUGACUUCACUUUCCCUUCUCUUCUCUCCAAAUACCUCUUACCAUCUGAGUAUGAGACUAUGAGAGUAUCCGAAUGCAUGGAAGAUAUCAUCCACAUCACGAUGGAUGGAGUUCUCGUCACUAUGAAUUGUUCUCGCUGGAGCGGAUGGCGCAGCGCCUCGAGAAUGGGAGAUUGCAUCUCAGCUUCGAGAGACUAUGAUUUGAGCUUUGAGCUUUGAGUUCACAAGUCGCAACACACGUAGAGGAUCGAUCGAUCCUUAAUCACAACAAUCAUUUAGAACUAAAUCAAAGGACCGAUUUACAUGGUUUGAAUUGUCUAUGUAGGUAAUCUUUCUCAAUGAUGGCUCUUAAAUUGAAAAGAGUUAGUUCAGCUGGGGAUGGGGCAAACUAAAUCACAGAGAUCUCGGUUCGUCGAUUCACACCACCUGAGACGCCUACCCACCACGAACACGUGAAGAAAAUCAGGUCUACACUUACGAAGAUGGGGCGCUCACAGUAGCGACUGGAUUCAUCGUCGAUGCUGCGCCCUGACAGGUCGCCUGGUGGUCUCUAGGCUGGGAAGCGGAUGCGGGAUGACGCUGUCUACAUAUCCUAGGCUACGACUCCACAGAGUACAGGGCAUGGUACAUGUUAAGAUCUGAAAUACGGUCUUCGUCAUUGCACUAACAAAUUUGGGGCUCCCCUUCUCAGGUUUAGUGUAAUCAUUGCUUGAGACAACAUAAUGGCACCAGAAACUUCAAGGAUUUCCACAGAACAGAUGCAAGUAGGCUGUAUCAGCGGGCAGAGGUGAAUUUUGACCAUAAACCAAACCAGCUCCAGCUCAGACAAAAGCAGAUUUGAUUUCACCUCUCACACACAGAGUUUGAACUUUGAACAGAGACUUGGGGUAAGGGAGUAAGAAUCCUUCUGGUUCUGGAGCCUGUAGUCUUGUGCCCUGAGAUGAUGCAAAGGAUAAGUUGAAAUCUCAUUCUAUCCUUGUCAAUUCAUCAGUAUGAGAAUUACUACAGAAAUUUAAGGUUAAGAUCAAAAUGCUCAAUCGUGUAAGGAACUUGCAGAGGAAUCCAAUUAGAAUAUGGAAAUAAUUUGAAGAUUUCAGAGGAAGAACAUUUCAUCUAUGCAGAAAUGACAAAAGAAAAUAUAUUUGGGAGCUUUUGCAAAUGAAGAAUCAUGUAGCUACUCUCAGUCAUUCAGAUGGACUCAGUGGAAUGUUUUCUUUAUAUGGACAUUCACCAAGGAAGUAUGGUGGAUGAUAGUCGAGACUUAAAAAGCAUACUUCGAUCACGCUCGAUUCAGUAAAAAGUGUCUUAAACAAUGAGAAGGUGCAAGGAUAAUGAGCAAGACCGUUCGGCAACCUCUUUUCUGCAAUGUUUACACAAUUUGGAAGCCUAGGGAAGAGGCUAUAUUUGCUCAUAAGGUGAUUAGUGUUGAUAGUGUGUUUUUGCAUAUUAAACCUUGAUGUACAGGGUGUUAUUCAUACUGUCUCCUACCAUUUUUAUUGAUUUUUUAUGACAGUUUCAUUGUUUCUUUCUUGAUUAUUUCUUAGGAGUUUUGCAUGUAUGUACUAAUAUGCAAACUUUUGAGUGGUGAUUUGCCUUGUACUUUGGUGAUAGAGGAGGAGUAAUUGUGGAGUGCAUGGUGCUGAUGUUGUUGCUUUGGGCAAACUCUGCCGGUCAAAUUAUUCAGAUUAUAUGAUGAUACUGUGUUGCUUUGGGCAGACUCUACCAGAGUACCAGUCAGAUUAUGUGGAUUAUAUUAUGCUGCCGUUAGUUCCUUGGGGUAGAUUAUACUUUGGGAAAAUCGUUUGAGGUUGUUUUAUUUGUAGUUUAGUGGAGUAUGCAUUGACUUGUUAUGCUCCUAAUCCUUAAGUAGGAGUAUCAAAUAUGCGCCUUUGUGAUAUUGUAAAUUACAAUUUUGGCAUUUGAUUUAGUUUUCCCGUUAUU